GAAGUGCGACACCAAGAUAUCAGGCAACUUCGACUAAAGGGGACACUAGGAAUGAAGAUCUUGAAAAAUGGGAAAACAAUCAACGCGGGACAGAUGGUUUAUCCAGUAGCAAGUCCAAGUCAGCUUACUCCAAAGCAUUUGGGGUGGAUUUGUCCCCAGAUAAUGUGGCUGUUGCCACUGUUUAUUUUGUGCAAGGAGUUUUAGGUCUUUCAAGACUAGCUGUCAGCUUUUACUUAAAAGAUGAUCUUCAACUUGAUCCAGCAGAGACUGCAGUUAUAACUGGUUUCUCAGCUUUGCCGUGGUUGGUCAAGCCUCUUUAUGGUUUUAUCAGUGAUUCCGUCCCUCUCUUUGGUUAUCGAAGAAGGUCGUACCUCAUUCUGUCAGGACUCCUUGGAGCAAUUUCAUGGAGUUUGAUGGCAACAAUUGUGGAUGACAAGUACAGUGCAGCGCUCUCUAUUAUUCUUGGAUCUCUUGCAGUUGCCUUCUCUGAUGUUGUGGUUGAUUCUAUGGUUGUUGAGAGAGCUCGGGGUGAGUCACAGAGCACAUCUGGAUCUCUCCAGUCACUGUGUUGGGGAUCUUCAGCCUUUGGGGCAAUUGUGAGCGCAUACUUCAGUGGUUCUCUUGUGGAUACUUAUGGUGUAAGAUUUGUCUUUGGUGUUACAGCAUUUUUACCCCUGAUGACAUCUGCUGUUGCAGUUCUUGUAAAUGAAAAGCGUUUGCCUACUGAGGAACGUUCCAUCUCACUUUCAAGUUCAAGCACAAACAAGAUUGGAUUCACUCCAGAGUUUCUAGGGCGUGUCACACUCGUUACAUCUGUUGCAUCCUUGCUGGGCGUCGGAAUAUAUAAUUCGUUCCUGAAGGCAGUUCCACUAAGAAAAAUCUUUCUUGUGACAACAAUUUUAGGUUCUGCCCUUGGAAUGACACAGGUUCUUCUUGUCACUGGGCUCAAUAGGAAGCUGGGGAUAAGUGAUGAAUGGUUCUCCAUUGGGGAUUCCUUGAUUCUCACAGUCCUUGGUCAGGACUCCUUGGAGCAAUUUCAUGGAGUUUGA